UUUGCGGGGAGAUCCAGAGAGGCUUCGGGGCUGGGGGAGGUGAGGGGUGCUUUAGCCUGCCUACCAGGGUUGUCUCAAUCUCUCUCUCUCUCUCUCUCUCUCACACACACACACACACACUCGCACGCACGCACACACACACACCCCACAUCACAACCGAGACGGGCUGUCCGCAGCUCUCAGCCACCCCAAGGGGAGGAAGAGAACAGGAGCAGGGGGAAGCCUGGCGCAGAAAGAAGGGAAAAGGAAGAGCUCAGGGUUGAACAUUUUUGGAGAUUGGGGUGGGGAGGAGAAAGGAAGCGUGCCUCCUCUAUUUUCCCCUCCCUACCCCUCUUUGCUUUUCUCUCCCCUUCCCUGUAUAGCAUAUUCCAGAAAAGGCAGCAGAAGGGGAUAGAAACCUCUAGUGUAGAAAGGGAUUUAGAGGGGUGGCCAGCGUUCCCGCCAGCCGCUACCUAACAGCUGGAGCUUGAAUGUGCAGCCUAGAGGCCCCAGGCUGUCCCAUGUGGCUGCUGUUUGCGCGCUGCCAAAGAGGAGUCCGGCAAGGCGCGGCAUCUCACAUCCUGGCCGGCCGACACCCAGACAACACAGGUCUGAUCCGGAGGAACCACUUGGCUCAGGAAAAGGAAAUGAAGACAUAAAGAAGUGGUAAUGUGACUUGCCUAAGUUCAUACUUCAAAUUAGUGGCAGAGCUGGGACUACAAUCCACGUCUCCUAAUUCCCAGGACAAUAUUUUUAAACUGCACCAAUUUACAAAUAGAGCUUUCUAAAUUGCUAUGAACCAUGGCCCAACUGUACUACAAAAAGGUCAACUAUUCACCGUACAGAGACCGCAUCCCCUUGCAAAUUGUGAGGGCUGAGACAGAGCUCUCUGCAGAGGAGAAGGCCUUCCUCAAUGCUGUGGAGAAGGGGGACUAUGCCACUGUGAAGCAGGCCCUUCAGGAGGCUGAGAUCUACUAUAAUGUCAACAUCAACUGCAUGGACCCCCUGGGCCGGAGUGCCCUGCUCAUUGCCAUUGAGAACGAGAACCUGGAGAUCAUGGAGCUACUGCUGAACCACAGUGUGUAUGUGGGUGAUGCAUUGCUCUAUGCCAUACGCAAGGAAGUGGUGGGCGCUGUGGAGCUUCUGCUCAGCUAUAGGCGGCCCAGUGGAGAGAAGCAGGUCCCCACUCUGAUGAUGGACACCCAGUUCUCUGAGUUCACACCAGACAUCACUCCCAUCAUGCUGGCUGCCCACACCAACAACUACGAAAUCAUCAAAUUGCUUGUGCAAAAACGGGUCACUAUCCCACGGCCCCACCAGAUACGCUGCAACUGUGUGGAGUGUGUGUCUAGUUCAGAGGUAGACAGCCUGCGCCACUCUCGCUCCCGACUGAACAUCUAUAAGGCUCUGGCAAGCCCCUCACUCAUUGCCUUAUCAAGUGAGGAUCCCAUCCUAACUGCCUUCCGCCUCGGCUGGGAGCUCAAGGAGCUCAGCAAGGUGGAGAAUGAGUUCAAGGCCGAAUAUGAGGAGCUCUCUCAGCAGUGCAAGCUCUUUGCCAAGGACCUGCUGGACCAAGCUCGGAGCUCCCGGGAACUAGAGAUCAUCCUCAACCAUCGAGAUGACCACAGUGAAGAGCUAGACCCUCAGAAGUACCAUGACCUGGCCAAGCUGAAGGUGGCAAUCAAAUACCACCAGAAAGAGUUUGUUGCUCAGCCCAAUUGCCAACAGUUGCUUGCCACCCUGUGGUAUGAUGGCUUCCCUGGAUGGCGGCGGAAACACUGGGUAGUCAAGCUUCUAACCUGCAUGACCAUUGGGUUCCUGUUUCCCAUGCUGUCUAUAGCCUACCUGAUCUCACCCAGGAGCAACCUUGGGCUGUUCAUCAAGAAACCCUUUAUCAAGUUUAUCUGCCACACAGCAUCCUAUUUGACUUUCCUCUUCAUGCUUCUCUUGGCUUCUCAACACAUUGUCAGGACAGACCUUCAUGUACAGGGGCCUCCCCCAACGGUCGUGGAAUGGAUGAUAUUGCCUUGGGUUCUAGGUUUCAUUUGGGGUGAGAUUAAGGAAAUGUGGGAUGGUGGAUUUACUGAAUACAUUCAUGACUGGUGGAACCUGAUGGAUUUUGCAAUGAACUCCCUCUACCUGGCAACUAUUUCCUUGAAGAUUGUGGCCUAUGUCAAGUAUAAUGGUUCUCGUCCAAGGGAGGAAUGGGAAAUGUGGCACCCAACUCUGAUUGCAGAAGCACUCUUCGCGAUAUCCAACAUUUUAAGUUCGUUGCGUCUCAUAUCCCUGUUCACAGCCAACUCCCACUUAGGACCUCUGCAGAUCUCUUUGGGACGCAUGCUGCUUGAUAUCCUCAAAUUCCUCUUUAUCUACUGCCUGGUACUACUGGCUUUUGCCAAUGGACUGAACCAGCUCUAUUUCUAUUAUGAGACUAGAGCUAUCGAUGAGCCUAACAACUGCAAGGGGAUCCGAUGUGAGAAACAGAACAAUGCCUUCUCCACGCUCUUUGAGACUCUUCAGUCACUUUUCUGGUCUGUAUUUGGCCUUUUAAAUCUAUAUGUCACCAAUGUGAAAGCCAGACACGAAUUCACUGAGUUUGUAGGAGCUACCAUGUUUGGAACGUACAACGUCAUCUCCCUGGUAGUGCUGCUGAACAUGCUGAUUGCUAUGAUGAACAACUCCUACCAGCUUAUUGCCGAUCAUGCUGAUAUUGAGUGGAAGUUUGCAAGGACGAAGCUCUGGAUGAGUUACUUUGAUGAAGGUGGAACGUUGCCACCUCCUUUCAACAUCAUCCCAAGCCCCAAGUCAUUUCUAUACCUUGGUAACUGGUUCAACAACACCUUCUGCCCCAAAAGAGACCCUGACGGUAGACGGAGAAGGCGAAACUUGAGAAGCUUCACAGAUCGCAAUGCCGACAGCCUGAUACAAAAUCAACAUUAUCAGGAAGUUAUCAGGAAUUUAGUCAAAAGAUAUGUGGCUGCUAUGAUAAGAAAUUCCAAAACAAAUGAGGGGCUAACAGAAGAAAAUUUUAAGGAAUUAAAGCAAGACAUUUCCAGCUUUCGAUAUGAAGUUCUUGACCUCUUGGGAAAUAGAAAACACCCAAGGAGAAGCUUUUCCACUAGCAGCACUGAACUCUCUCAGAGAGACGAUACUCAUGAUGGCAGUGGUGGGGCUCGGGCCAAAUCCAAGAGUGUCUCUUUUAAUUUAGGCUGCAAGAAAAAGGCUUGCCAUGGGCCACCUCUCAUCAGAACCAUGCCAAGAUCCAGUGGUGCCCAGGGAAAGUCAAAAGCUGAGUCAUCAAGCAAACGCUCCUUCAUGGGUCCUUCUCUCAAGAAACUGGGUCUCCUAUUCUCCAAAUUUAAUAGUCAUAUGUCUGAACCCAGUUCAGAGCCAAUGUACACAAUUUCUGGUGGAAUUGUUCAGCAGCACUGUAUGUGGCAGGACAUCAGAUAUUCUCAGAUGGAGAAAGGGAAAGCAGAGGCCUGUGCUCAAAGUGAAAUUAACCUCAGUGAGGUAGAAUUAGGUGAAGUCCAGGGCGCUGCUCAGAGCAGUGAAUGCCCUUUAGCCUGUUCCAGCUCUCUUCACUGUGCAUCCAGCAUCUGCUCCUCAAAUUCUAAACUUUUAGACUCCUCAGAGGAUGUAUUUGAAACUUGGGGAGAGGCUUGUGACUUGCUCAUGCACAAAUGGGGUGAUGGACAGGAAGAACAAGUUACAACUCGGCUCUAAGUCAAGUCCUUAUCAUCUGUUCUGGAACUCAACAGAAAUUUGUCAUUUCCUUGCUCUCAGAGGUGACACAAAAUAUGAUUCCCUUACUGCCCCUGCCCCCCAAAAAGGAGAGUGAAACUCCUAUUUGCACCAUCUUUUAUAGCCACAUUCUCCAUUUUUGUUCUUGUUUUAUUACUUUCAUUAGUUUUUGCCUUUUUAUACCUGUAAACACUAAGUCCAUCUUACAACCAACUGAAAGGGUGUUGCACCUAAUCAGCAGAGGUGCAGCUGGGUGCUUCACCCUUUUGCUUUGCUUUUAUUACCCGUGCUUCCUUGAAGCCCCAGGUGCCAACUUGCUGUUGCUGCCACACAGAUUCCUGACCAUCCUCAGGAUUUCAUGCCAUUUUCCCACAGAGCUGAGGGAUGUGGUCAGCAGUCCCCACCAGCUAUCAGAUAAGGCAAACUACCCUGCCUAUCUUUGUUGCCAUUCAGUGCUACACGCUGCCCAUGCUGGUUCAAUGAACAGCAUCAAAGGGAGGCUGAAGAGAUUCCAAAGAAUUGUCAGCUUGUAGUUUCUAGGUAUAAGUGACUUGUUUCGUUCUUAAACACUACAACUUCUUAUUGUGGGGGCUGUUGAGUUUUCUUGUUUCUUAAAGAUGUGUUAGUUUCCUAAUAUGUGCCACUGAAAUAUUUACCCCAUAGUAUAUGUUAUAUCUAAUAAGUUAGGUGAAUUCUUUUCCUGUGUUUGUGUGUUUCAGUUAUCUUACAUUUUAAAAUUUGAUAGUUUCAAAAUUAGUAUUUAGAAUUUGUGCUGUUUUUUAAAAACUUCUACUGCACUCUAACCAGUAGUCACUACAUCUCAUACAUUGGCAAGAAAAAUAGUUGUCAUAUUUGUCAGGUCCUAUUCUGUUGAUAGUUUUAAUUAUCAUUGCUAUCAAAGCAUUUCUAAGAUAAAAGCCUGAAUUUGAAAUACAAGAAAAAUGUCAUAUUGCUGAAGUGUCAAAAUGAGAAAAGAGCAUCUUAAUUUUAAUUAAUUGCUUUAUAAAAUGGCAAUUUUAGGUCGAGAUAACUUAAUUCACAUUGCAGUUUUAAUAUUCAUUGGGGCAGUGGAAUUGCAUGUGUAAAUUAUGUUAAAUAUGAAACAUAACAACCCUAGUGGAUUCAUGGAAUUAUAAACGUGAUCCAAAUUCUACUGUCUUCAAAGAAAGCUGUAUUUAUACAUCCAAACAUAUUCUUUUGCACAGCUUAAGAGUACCUCAUCAGAAUACAAUGGUUCAAGUUAAAAAAUAAAGUCCAUAAUGCAUAUGAUCAUCAUUUUAGACCUGAUAACCACUCAGAACCUUGAGCAAGGGCGGUUUUUACCAACAUUAGCACAAAGGUUUCCUCAAUUUAGAUUCUAACAUAUGACCUGAAAAAACUUUAGGUCUGAAUCCUAGAGAUUAAAUUAAUAGUGUAUAGCCCAGAAAAGUAAAAUAGUUAGGUGUCACCCUGCUCUUUUAAAUGUCAACACCAACAGGAAUCCAUUUAGAUUAAUGUAUGUAAUUUCUGGUAAAAGAGGAAUGAGGAAUUUUCAAACACUGCAAAUAUGCCUCCAAAGUUGCUUUUGAUAGUGUGAUUUCUGUUAUUUGGAUUUCAUCUCUUUCAAUAGCCUAGAGAAGAGCCAAAUGGAGGGGGAAGGGCCAGAAAUAGGAGGAGGUUUUGAAGAAUAAAGCCUCAGACCCAGGGAAAAGUGAUCAAGUGUAAAAGCUGCAUCAAGACUCAUUUAGCACAAAGGUUGUCCCAAAAUAAUUCCUUGAUCAUAUCUGAAGUGGUUUUUCACUCAAAUCAAUUUCUCCCCUGCUUCACUGAGACUGUCAUAUAUGUCCUUGACAUUUUGUAAUAGGUUACUUUCCGGAAAGGUUUCUGAAGUUACAGAUUCAGCUUUCCAAAUUGUCAAAUUCACUUUGAAUAAUAAUAGAACCUGGGCUACCUUCCUAACUCAUAUUAACAGCACCAAAAGAAAUAGCAUAUAACCCUAUUUCAUAAAAACAUGUUUUUCUCAGAAAUGUAUAUCACUUCUGAAAACUUAUGUACAGUAUAAUUGUUCUAGCAGUGACCUUAUCAACUCAUCAGAAAACAAGCUAGCCAGACACGGAACUGUAUUCCAAAAGUCUUCUGUUAUAUUCUAAAGACAUCAUAUGUGUAAAUCAAUCUCUACUACUGAAAGAACCAGUGUCAUAUGUCACAGGAGUACAUUCCUUUUCAGAUCUUCUCAGGGUUAUCGUUGUUGUGAUGUGGGCUUAAGACUUUACUAGCUAUAGUGAAGCCUCCUUUAGGAUAGGGGUUAAAGCUAAACAGCUAUUGCCCUAACUUCCAUGUUGGUGAUGCCAACAUUUUUAUUAACUCUAAUUCAGUACAAAGUAGGAAAGGAAAGAGAUUUUGUUCACCUCCUUAUUCUCUUGAUAUCACAAAAGGUAUUUCAAGUGAAAAUGCUUAGGUAUAUCCUCUGACCCUAGAGGAAUUAUAAGCCAACUUGACAGUAAACUUAAAAACAUAAAAAGAACUAAAAGGGAAUUUUAUAAAAGAUUUACUCUAUUCUAACCUCAUGUUUUACAAAUAGAAAAUAAAGAAGCCCAUAGAAGGACAAUGACUUGCUCAAGGUCACAGAGCUGGUCGGUAAACUGAAAUCUUCUAGAUUACAGAAGACAUUUGUUAGUAAGUAUGUAUGUUAUAUAUAGGCAAUGUGAAAAUGAAGUGGUCAUUACAGGAUACCCUUUUGUUGUGGUAUCUGUAAUGGCCACUUCAUUUUCCCAUUGUGAACUCCAAAAUGCUGUGAACUCCAAAAACUUCAGACUGACAUAUUUAAAUGUAAAUUAAAAAUGUACUGCAAAAUCAAACACAAAUAAUACAAAAAUCAUUUACUAUUUAUCUAAAAUAUCCAUAUCACGGUCCACCUACUUAACAGUUGGCUUAUCACUUCCAGACACCUUGGAUUCAUUUAUUUGAUCUCAGAAAGUCUCCCUAAUAAGGGUAAAAAUUAAAAAUAUGUGAAUUAUAUUACAAAGUGACCAUUGUUUAAGUAUCUCCUCCACCUCUAGCUUUAAGUCCAGUGAAAUACAAAAAUAAAGGGAAGUUUCUAAAUUUAAAAUCAUUUUUGGAAGAUGCCAAACUUUACAGGGAUACAAAUGCUCCGAGUUAUGCUUCUGUCUACUUAAAUGGAGGCAUUAAAAAACUCCAUUCUUUCUGCCUCCCAGAAUCAUUUUUUAUUCCACUGUGACCUAACUUACACUAUUUCAGCUAAGUCGUAAAUAUCUGCCUGCAAUUUGAUUAAUUUUAAAAAAAAAACGAAGGCCUCCACUUUUCAAAUGACUUGAUACUUUUUCCAAAAAAGAACUUUAUAGUUCUUAUGGCAGUACAAACCUCCUCUGAAAACUUCAGUGGGAACUUGAGAUAAAUAUGAGGCCAUACCUUAGCCUGAAAAUACAAAGAACCAUUGGCAUUCAUGUUGCAUCGUGGGUGAAACUCAAGUGGUGUUUUGACUAAUAGUUUUAGUGGCCCAGACUUUGGUUUGUGAAAUCAUCAGGUAAAGAGUACUUGAAGACAGGCAGCAAAUCCUUUGUUUAAAAUAGCUAA